AGUAUCAUUAAGACCAUUGUCCAGUAAAGAACAGUCUCAGUUUUUUGUCGCUUCGCAUAUUCAGAAAAAUGGAUUUUUACUAUCAACCCGGUUCGGCACCAUGCCGCAGUGUUUUAAUGACCGCUGCAGCUCUUGGCAUUGAACUCAACAAGAAACUCUUAGAUGUGCGUGGCGGUGAAAAUAGAACCCCUGAAUUCCUCAAACUAAAUCCCCAACACACCAUACCCACUUUGGUCGAUGGGGAUUUUUCCAUAUGGGAGUCGAGAGCCAUUAUGACUUAUUUAAUAGAGAAAUAUGGCAAAAAUGAUGAUAUCCUUUAUCCCAAAUGUCCCAAGAAGAGGGCCAUUAUCAAUCAAAGACUGUAUUUCGAUAUGGGAACUUUGUAUAAAGCUUUUUCCGACUACUAUUAUCCACAACUUUUGAAACAGGAAGCGCCAAAUCCCGAAAUGUACAAAAAAUUGGAGGCAGCCGUUGAGUUUUUGAACACAUUUUUGGAGGGUCACAAAUUUGUGGCAGGUGAUGAAUUGACUGUGGCGGAUUUGGCUAUUUUUGCCAAUGUUAGCACCAUGGUUGCCGUAGAUUUUGAUGUGAGCAAGUUUGCAAAUGUUAGCAAGUGGUACGAAUAUCUUACAGUCCAUGCUCCUGGAGCCAAGGAGAAUUGGGAAGGAUGCCUAUUAUUGAAGAAGUACAUUGAACUAAAUGCCCCAAAGAAAUAGGUGGAAAGUUUGUCUGGCUCUCAUAAAUUGCAGUUAAAGGCCGAAUCAUUGCAAUUUAAU